GGUGAUCGUGGUGCAGAGAACGAAUUCCAUGUUUCGAGAAACCAUCGCGCAAGAGAAAAAACGAGAUAUAGAAAAAGAAAGACGAAUUAAAAGGACAUUGAACACGAUCGUACGACUUACGUUAUUUAUCAUGAGGAAAAAUUAUUAAGAAAGAGAGGGAGAAAAAGAGAGAAAAAUAGAAAGAGGGAGAGAGAGAGAUAUAAAUAGAGAAAGAGAAAGAGAAAGAGAGAACACAGAUGUUGGGACAAGGUUGGAUUUUGACGCUCGUCAGCGUUGGAAUAACGGCGCUCGCUCCUGCGCCCUAUGAGACGAACGAAGAGUCCUUGAGAAGUGCACUAAAUGCUGUUACAAGAAAACAGAUAUCUUUGGAACCUGUCUCUCAAGAAUAUUACAAUGAUUUUCCUUCGCUCAAAUAUCACGGAGGUGACAUCGAGAGAGUGUUCGAAAAGGAACGACAGGCCGAUCGAAUUUUUCCAGAAGGAGACGAGGAACUUGAAUUUCUACCGAAUGAGAACGGACAACUAGAAAUGGUGGGUGACGAAUUUCAAGGCGUAAACAACAAGUUGCUCGAGAAGUCAGUUAUCGAUUAUUUGGAGAACGCGCAGGAGCAGGAACGCGUACCGUCACUCUUUCGAGAACGCGAACGAAGUUCUAAUCAUAAAAGAGGUAAUGCAAAGGAAAAUACAAAUAUAGACAGUCGAGAACUGGCGAAAUUGUUUCUGGAGGAAUUACAAGACGAUUAUCCGUACGCUCAAACGGAAACCGAAGAAAAUUAUUUGGAUGUACCAAUUUACGAGAAAUAUAGGGCCAACCAAGGAAAUAAAUUCUACGAGAACGAAGGUCCAAUGUCAUGGAGCGAACUCUUCGAUAAAGGAGAUUUGUUGCCAGGUGAAAGAAGAAGAAAUGGCGAGGAAAAUGAUUUCACGGAUAAAGAUACAGAACAGAAUAUCCUUUAUUUCUUACCAACCGAACGAAGGAACGUAAAUGCGAGAUAUCCUUUGGGCCGAGAAAUCGAUAAAUAUCGAACUUUAGGGAAACGUUAUCCGGUAGCUAAAAGAAGUCCAAAAGAAUUCCAACAAGUGAAGAGACAAAUUAUGGAUCCAAAGGUCGCACAAGAUCUAGGCGCAUUAUUCGGCACGCAAUCUACCCUGAAGACUCGUAAUUGUACACGUCCACAUAAUCAUGACCACGAACAAAACCACGACCACGACCACGACCACGAUCAUGACCACGACCAUGAUCACGAUCAUGAUCACGAUUGCGAUCACGACCAUGAAAAUAUUCGCGUUAAUACGUCGGAAGCUCCAAAGAUAACUCCUAUUUCCAAGGGUCAAAAGGAAAAUGUCACGAAGAUCAAUACAUCAAAAGAGAAAGGCAUCGAAAUGAAAAAGAAGAAUAUCGAUUGGUCUCAGUAUUUUGGUAUCGAUCGUAGGAAGAAAAAGACUACAUUCUUGGCCAGGCCAGGUACACAAGAUCAAGAUGACGAGUGGAUGUUGCAACGAUACUAUGAGAACAUGGCCGAAAAUUUGAAACAUCCCGAACGAGAGUCCGAGAGUGAGAACAAUGAAAGAAAGGAGAAAGUUAAUCAGAUAUAUGCGAUAUUGAAUAACGUUGGUAUGGAUUUAGAAAAGGCAAAGGAUCAGAUCAUGAAUCGACUAGCCGCUGCGUAUUCAUUAGAAAAGAUGCGUAAAGCAUUGAAUGAAUUUAGAAACAGCCUAGCCGCUCACAAAGAAGCUCAAAAGGCUGCUUACGCUCGAAAUAAUUUCACACAAAACCUUCGUAAUGACGAAAGUAUACAAAAAAAAGAAAACAAACAGACUGGCUUCAAUAUAAAUAUUAAUGAUGCUUCGGAUGGAAACAAGAACUGUCCGAAUUUGGAGGAGAUCGAACGACAGUGUAAGAUUGUCGAUAAUUUAACUGGAGAUAACAGUCAGAUGCUAUAUUUACCAUGCGUUAUGCUUCAAAUAUGUAAAGCUUGCAUACCAAAUGAAAUGAAUGAAUGUCUAAUGAAUUACGCGAUAGAAGUACGCAAAGUUUGUAACAAUCAAAACGAUAAGGGAGCUCUUAUGGAAGACGAAUUUUGUGUCACGACAGCUCUAAAUCUAAUGCAAUUGCAACCAAGCAUCGCUACCUCCUUACAAUGUCGUAUCAACAAGGAAUCCUGUCUACAUCGAUAUUAUUAUCGUUAUCGACAUCGUUAUUUACGCCAUCCUCAACAUAUAAAUUAUUUUUCUCAUGAAAGCUACGAUUCCCCGAUAUCACAACCAUCGGAACGAUAAGAGAUCAUUCGAAUCUCGAGCAGGCAAUCGUAUUGCAAAUACGUGGAUAAAUAAAUGGGCAGGAACAAUAAAAAAAAAAAAAUUAAAAAAAAGAAAAAAUAAUGUGUCCACUAUAUUGCGUGCACUCGAAUCGGAACGCGAUCUAUACAUCACUCUUUUAUAUUUUUAAUCAUCGUUUUUCGCGUAAAGACAUUAAAGAUUAAAAUAUUAUUCGAAAUUAAAAGCUUCUAUUAUUUUUUUCAAAAUCGUCAUUCAUUUAAACAAUAGCAAAAACGUAAAGAAUUUAAAUCGUUAAAAUCGAUUCGAGAGCACAUCGACAUUAGCAUGUAAUGAUUUCCAUUCUGUUCUGUUCGUAACAAAGCUUAUCUGAGAGUUAUAUGAGACUUUAUUUUAUGUAUAAGUACUAUAUUUUACAAUAUAAACAACGUACAUAUGUGUAUCGAUUUAAUAUAUCCACUUACUUUUAUUUUUUUCUUUUUUCUUUUUGUAUCGAGAAAUGCUGCUCAUCUGGACAAUUAGAAUGUUUUCUUUCAUAUGAUUAAACUUAUUUAGAAUAAACAAAAAAUUAUGUACGAAUGAUGAAGACAAUAAUUAAUGACUGAAAUUUAUAGAUAUUUUUAUCUAUUGAUUAUACAUUAUCAUUUAUACAAUUACUAAUUGAUCAUAGUGGAAUUCUUUUUUUGUACAUAAUGAUGAGCAUUGAUAUAUUAUAUAUUAAAAGUAUCAUCAAAGUCCGGAUGAGUAGCUCGAAUGAGGACAGAGUUGAACAAUAUAAUGGUGAAUGUACAAAGAUGUACUUAUUAAAUGCGGCAAUUAAUAUAAUUAACAUGGAACUCUUCCAAAAUGCACUGUUAUCAGCAAUAUAAAUGGCAAGUAUGAGAAAAACGUAGUCCAAAUUCUGUAUGUGAUUCCAAUAUAUUUUUGUCUACAUAUAUUUUAUGCAAGAAACCAAAAAAAAAGAUAUCUAAGAUUUAAUCUGUAGUACAAUACAAAUCCUCUUGUCUCUCAAAUUUAUUAUAAAACUUUUAUCUAUAAAGCGCAUAACAAUAUACAUUAAUGUCUAUAUUGAAAAAUGUUUAAGAAUAAAUUAAAAGUAUCGAUUA